AUGGUUCGCCUGUCAUUUUCCAUUCCUGAAACAAAACCUGGGACCUUUACCUUUCUUCUUGCUCAUACAGCCACAACUAGAUACAUAUACAUAUAUAGUAAGAAAAGGGAGACAUUUAGAGAGGGGAGGAGAAAGGUCGUGAUCUUGGGUUUGCCUGUUCUUACCCUCUACGAUCAUGAUCCUUCUCUUCCUUGCCCUUAUAGGGAAAUAGAGCUGACUAAUCUUAAGACGAGGAUAGAGAAACUCAGAUUUGUGCGUAAGAAUUUCAAGUUUUGCUACAAUAAUUCCCUUUGUGAAGUUCACAAAAAAGACAUUUCUGCCCUUGCAUAUUGUUAUGUGCACAAGAAAUUAUCUGAUCUUGGUAGUAUGUGUGAAGGGUGCCUUCUCUCCUUUGCAACAGAGACGGGUUCCUCUGAUUGUGGUAAAUACAAGUCUCUAGUGGGCAUUUUGCACAAGGAUAUUGAUUGUUUUGUUGAGGGUUGUGAUUCAAAAAAUCAUAUGAAAUUAAUGAAAAAUAAGGAUAAUGGGGAGCAAAUUGAGGAGAAUGGGAGAGUUGUUUCAAAGUGUUCUUGUUGUGGGGAGCCUCUUAAAACAAGAACAUCCUCGACUUUGUCCAUGAACGCCCCCACGCCAUCCCCUCGAUUACCCUUGUUGGCUAGCAGAAAUGAAGAAGGACGCAGUGGGGAAUUGCCUCAUAUUAAGUAUAAGGAGCUUAAUUUUAAUUCAGCAAACGAAUCAGAGGUUCAAGAGGAUGAAAAUGUGUCAAAUGGAGCAGGUAGAGAAGAUACCAGUGCUGCUACGGUUCCAUUACUACCUGAUUCUGAGGGUAUAAAGGAAGGUGGAGUCAGAACCCCUAAUUUUAAUAAAGGAAACAAUUUUUUUGGAAUCCCAUUGUCGGAUUCAGCUCAAUCCAGUCCUAGGUGGGAGAGCAUGGGUACUCGAAAGCUCUCUGUCGAUGAUGCAAGUGCUCUAAAUGGAGCAGACGGUGACUCCAUUUUGCAUUGUUUGAAGAGACAGGUUCGGUUGGACCACAAGUCCCUGAUGGCAUUGUACAUGGAAUUAGAUGAAGAAAGAAGUGCUUCUGCAGUUGCAGCAAACAAUGCAAUGGCCAUGAUCACCCGAUUACAAGCUGAGAAGGCGGCUGUCCUCAUGGAGGCCUUGCAGUAUCAGAGAAUGAUGGAAGAGCAGGCAGAGUACGAUCAAGAAGCUAUACAAGUAUUGAAAGAUGUGCUUUUAAAGAGUGGGGAAGAUGUAAAGCUUUUAGAGUCUGAAUUUGAAACCUAUACAGAAAAAUGUGGACCUAUCAAGAAAGAAGAUCGUGAGAUCUGUGAGGUUGAUGAAGAUUAUCAAGAGUUCAAAUACCAUUCAUUUUCAUCAUUUAGCGAGAAAUCAGACUGUGGUAACUCAAGUGGGGUGAAUAAAAAUGACCAUGAGCGUUCUUAUGAUCGAUCUUUGGAAUAUGCAGGACGGUCUUCGGAAUCGGAUGAAUUGUUGUUAGAUUUUGAGGAAGAGAGAUCUCACCUUCUAGCCCUUUUGACUGAUCUUGAGAGGACAAUGUAUACAUCUUCAGAUGAAGGAUCAGAUUCUUCGGAGGUUGAUAAUGUUAAGCAUGGAGAUGCUGCCAGAGGUGAAAAUGAAAAUAAGGUCAUCCUUACACAAGAAGUAUCUCUAGUUAGGGAGAGGUUGAGAGCCAUAGAAACCGAUAGUGGCUUCUUAAAGCAUGCGGCUAUGACACUCCAGAAAGGGGCUGAGGGGACUAGACUCUUGACUAAGAUAGCUCAACAUCUUCGGAAAGUUAGAACCGCUGACAAAAUUCCAUCCGAAGAGACGAAUGCAUGA